AUGGAUGCCUCCUUAAGGAAAGUUUUGGAGUCUCUGGAUCUGAGUUGCUUUCGAGCCUCGCUUGAAGAGCUCGGCCUGUCAUGCCCGGAGGAUGUAACAUUCCUUCUGGACGAGGACCUACGACAGGUCGGUCUUAAGCUGGUUCAGAUUCGCAAGCUGCAAGCCAGAGCACGCCAAUGGGUCAAAGAAGAUGUGGCUCUUCAGGUGGCCGUGGCGACGGGUGCUCCACGCUGCUCAACAGAUCGAAAGCGCAGCUGUGAGGAUUGCUUAUCUCCCGGCCAGACGGCGAACGAAGACGAGCGAAGUACGAAGUCUCGCCUGUCAGAGCCUGCCGUGCCCAGGUUGUGGAGGCCAUGCGGCAAAAUCUUCCCGCGCAGGCUGAUCUUCAUCAGGCAUGGGGAGUCGGAAGCCAACGUAAACCGCAAAAUCACCGCCACCACUCCUGACCACGAUCUGCAUCUGACCGAAAGGGGGCGGCAUCAAGCGGCGGAAGCAGGGCACAGAUUGGCGAGCCUCGUGGGCGAGGGCUCAGUGAGGUUCACCUACUCGCCAUACACGCGAGCUCGCGAAACGCUGAAUGGUAUUCUGCGCGCAGGGUCAUUGGAAAAGUGGCCGUGUCAGGAAGACGUCCGGAUUCGCGAGCAGGAGUUUGGGAACUACGACAGUCCAGACAUCAAGGAGUUCCACAAAGAGAAGGCGACUUUCGGUCCAUUCUACUACCGAUUCCGCGAUGGGGAAAGCCCGGCCGAUUGUUGGGACCGCGCAUCGAGUUUUCUGGAGUCACUCCGCCAGUCCUUUGCCCAUGAGACAGCGGAGAGCCAUGUCAUUGUAGGGCAUGGCACCAUGCUGCUUGUGAUGUUGAUGCGUUUCUUCCAACUUCCAGUUGCCGAUUUCGACUCCUACCGGUCGCUGCAGAACUGCGAGUUCGUUGUCUGCGAGAGGCAGCAGGAGGAUGCCAAGUUCGAACUAAGCUACACGUGGCCGCCGGGAGAAGAGAAGAACCAUGCUGGUCUGAGGUUCAAGACAGAGGAUCUGCCACAAAAAGAGAUCUGGGACGGAAAUUUGGAUUCGCGUCUGUUGUCCCAUGAGCCCGACGCCCCCAAGGAGGCCUGGCAGCUCAGUUCGACGAACGUCCGCGAAACGGGUCAACAUCUUUUAAUGCGCCACAUGCUCUGGACAGGGGCCCGCAUGGUUCAAGAUCCAGAACACAGAGGUUUUCCAGGUCGUGUUCUAGGUCGCGCCGUCGCAUGGACCGCCGGUCACGAUCUCCCAGGCGGAGAGACAGAGACCGUGACAGGCACAGAGAGCCACACCGAGGUCGCGAUCGCCAUCGCAGAUCUCGAUCGCGCUCCCCGGCGUCGCGCUCCCGAGGAGGCGAUCGCCGCCAAGCACCCAGAAAUAGUUUUCGGGCUGCUGAGCUGGUGCAUCGAGGCAUUCAAGCAUUGCCGUCGACGAGAAGAGAACCCCUUGGGCGACAAGGAGUUGUCAUUAGACCAAGUGGUCUCUUCUAGCCAGACCGGCGUCGAUAUUCGCGGUUGUUUUCAAGAUGGACGUCCGAUGCAAGAGCUGGUGGACAAGCUGGUUUUAGCUGAGGCUGACCCGCUCAGAGAUGCCUUCCUCAAGCUCCGGUGUGUGAUCUACCAAGGACAAGUCGUCUGCUUGGAUGUGCGUCGUCUCGCCUGCCUGCAAGAGUACGCCAGGAAGGUGCAGCGAGAGGUGAGGAUCCGUGUUGAUGUUCAGGACAACUGGGACGAAAGACGAGGAGGGGAUACCUCUAACUUCUUGAAGCACUACACGACUCCCGAUGGCGACACGCCCAGAGUCAGAAGAAGGACCUACGGAAACGACAACGAGGAUCGAGACGGGAAUCGUCACCGAGACGACAACGAUAGGGAAUGGCGCCAGCCAAUUGGCCAAGGCCGUGGGAAGGGUGGUAAAGGACAAGGCAAGAAGGGGAAGAGGCGGAACCGCGACGGAUGGUCAGGUGGCUGGAAGGGUUGGAAGAACUGGAAUUGGAAGCAAGGUGAUGACCAGCAAGGCCAUGAUGGCGGAAAUGCUGCUGACGACGACAAGGAUUCCCGCCAGGGCAUAGAUGACACCAACCGCGAAGCUUGGAAUGACCCGGACUUCUUCGAUGAGGAGGAUUUCGUGAGCACUCCAGCUCCAGGAGGUUCUGCGCUGAAGCCGGGCGAGGUCGGGUCCCGGCGGAGCCGAUGGGACAAUGCAGCAGCUUUCGAUCCUGAGGCGCCUCCGCAGAUCGGAGAGUUGCUUUAG